AUGAGAGCCAGGAUGAGAGUAGCACUGCUGUUUCUGGCAGCCGCUGUUUGGGUGGCAAGUGCUCAGACCAACAACAGCAGCAACCAGCAGCAACAGCAACAGCAGCAGCAGCAACAACGCAGCGUCUGGGAUGAGCCCAUCAGAUUCACCAGUAAGAGCAAGGACACCUGCACCAUGGUGGUGUCUGGAGCCGGGGACUAUACUCGCCUGCGUGUCUCCUGCAAAGGUCCGAGCCAGGGUCAGACCCCCGGACGCUCCUACUACUGCGACUUCCAGGGCAAACCCAACCUGUGCCGCGCCUACAACCUCAACCCUCGCCACUUCUUCACCCAGAUGAUGUGGGACAUGAGGAAGCUGAGCCACGCCUGCCAGGGACCCAAAAUCUACCGCCCAGCGAUGUGCAAGAAAUACCCCGAAGAGGCCCAGAUGACCUUCCUGGCCUCCUGGCCCAAGACCACCACACCCAAGCCCUCCAAGCCUGUGCAGGAGCCACGUAAGCCUGUGGUGCCCGCCCCGAACAAACCAGUCACCACCCCGAACAAACCAGUCACCACCCCAAACAAACCAGUCACCACCCCGAACAAACCAGUCACCACCCCAAACAAACCAGUCACCACUCCGAACAAACCAGUCACUACUCCCAAAUCAGCCAAGCCCAAUCAGCAGCCCGCUAAGCCCCAGCCAGGAAAGGGUCCAUCCCAGCCCAAGAAAGCUGCCCCCAAGCCUGGGAAGACCACUACCCGUCCCACAGAGCAGACCGACGCGAAAUCCUCCCGCAUCGCCAACGAGUAUUGCUGGAAGAGCUUCCACGGCGUCUGCACCUACUUCAUCAGCUGGUUCCAGAACUGAGGUGAUACUGCAGACACAGGUUGGAAAUAGCAGCGUCAGAUCUCUUCUCGACUAUCUUCGACCUCUCCAGGAUCUGUGCAGGAGCCUCUGAAGUGAUUUUGUCGCCUUGUGAGAUCCGACUCACCACACCGGAGCAUCUCACGGCUGAGCCACAAACACUCGACCUACACCUGUGUACGGUUAGAGGAUGACUGCUUGUGCUGUCAUGUAGUGCAUAUGUCUUUUUUUUUUUAAAUCAAAUUGUAAAACACACAGCAAGGCAAAAAGGUAAAAUAUGGCAGGCAUGUGAUUCUGUUUGUAAAUGAUGUAAAAUCGUGUCAUGUAAAUGUUCCAACAUGUGAAGAGAAUAAAGUCA